AGCCGUCGAUCCUCAGCGUCAUCGAUCCGCAGCUCCGAAAACGGGCGCGCCGUUGGAACACUUCGGCUUCGUUUCUCCCAUCUCUCCAUGCUGGACUUGGAGAGUGGUGACAGCGGAGCGAAGCUGAAACCGAAAGGUUCAACAAAGGAGCCGACAUCUGGCCCCACACCUGGAGGAAAUGUCAUUAAGAUCGAGACCAGAGAAGGUAGCAUGAACUCGGACACCAUCACUUACUUCUUCUCUGGCUCAGAGGAGAUGCCGCUGAUUACAGUGGAAGAGACCAAACUCGAUGGGCCUUGUACGCACUCCACCGGCUUGACGGUGACCAUCCAAGAGCCUGGUGCCUUGGACCGAACACGUCUUCGAGGAACCGAAGACCGAGCGACGAGGCAUGGAGGAGUUGAGUUGUCAUCAGCAUCACUCCCGGGUGGAGAAGAAGGGGCCUCCAGGCUACGAUGAGAGCGAGCAGGUCACGGGCGAACCUCGGGCGGUGAAGGCGAAGCUGCAGGAGAUCGCCACAGUCCUGGAGAAGUCCGAGAGCGUGGACAAGUUUUUGGACCUCUUUCCUGGCGCAUUCAAGAUUCGCCAGCUCUUGAACAGCGAACCUGACAGGGAAUGUAAAGUCGGGCCCAAGAAACUGUCUUGAAUGACAAUUAAAAACUGGAAUGAGGAGGAGCUGCAAGUGGCUCUUGGCUGCCAAGAAACAUACAUCGACAUGUGUAAUUAUACAUAUUGUAGACUCAUUAAUAAAACCUCCCAUAUUGGAGAGGUGUUACAAUCCACAUGGAGGGUUAACAAAACCUUUGUCCUUCAAUCAAUUACUGCAAAUUGCAUCAAUUCCUAGGAUGUGUUUUAUAUAGUGGUGACACCUAACGUUGUGAAGACGGAGGGGCCCCGUGUGGCAUCCCACGCGCGUCUCUGCGCCGCGCGCUGAAACCGCGCGCCGCCGUGCUGAUCUUUGAACAGCGAUCCGUGACCGCCGUGAAGAUCUCGGUCCAAGACCGAGGGAUCCACGGACAUUGCUUCGAGCAAAAACAAAAGACAACGGUAAUGACCUGAAGGAGGGCAAGGACGCGCAUGGUCCGAC